UUCCCUGUUUUCCGGAAAUCCAAGAUGGUGACCUAUGUGAAGUUUUUAUGCUAACCGGGUAACUUCGUGGUGACAUCAUACUCAGGCGUUACCUGCAGCCGCUGCCGGUCUGGCUCAGUAUUACACAGUAGUGUCACGUUUAGUUGCCCCGUGAGCCUGGAUCAUCUUUAAAUCUGACUGCUCUGUGGCUGGAGAGCGUGGAAGACCGAGACAUUGCACAGUUUGACCAAGCGGAACGCAGACGUCUGUCACCGUGAUCUGGAACAAGCAUCCUCCUCAGAGGGAAUCCUUCUGAUGUUGAAGGAAGGGACUGGCAAUUUGUCAUUAUUCGUCUCCUGCAUUUGUGUCUGUCAGUUCUUAUGUUGUUAAAAAACACAAGUCAUUGACCUUGCUGUAAGAAUAAAACACAAGUCAAAGAAAAAUUUAAACAUGUCUAAUCCGUCAUGGCUCCCACCAAAGAGUUCAGGAGAUGGAAUGGGGCAUGUGAGUGCCCGGAUGGAGACCACUCAAGGUUUCGGGAUCCCUAGCAUCUCAGUAUCAACUCAACAGGCUCCCAAGAAAUUUGCACCUGUUGUUGCUCCAAAACCCAAAUACAAUCCAUACAGAGGAGGACCAUCUGAAGGCGGUGAUGAUUUCCCCCCUCCUCCUCCUCCGCCCCCUGAAGAUACAAGUAACCUCCAGCACGCUCCAGCACAUAACUUUCCUCCACCUCCUGCGUCUGACGAAGCAAUGUUUAACGUCCAGAUAAAUACCGGGGGCAAGACCAUAGAGGAGCGACGUUCAAGCUUAGAUGCAGAGAUUGACUCGUUGACCAGCAUUCUGGCUGAUUUGGAAAGCAGCUCUCCAUACAAACCCCGCACCCAGGGCUCUGGGGGACAAACUGGCACUUUGCCCCAUCCCACAGUGGGAACACCAGUGACUGGACACAAAAGAAUGAUUAUCCCAAAUCAGCCUCCCCUGACGGCAACCAAAAAGUCAGCAGCCAAACCUCAACCACAGUCCACUUCCCAGCCUCCACUAGCAGGAUCGCCAGGGGCUCCAAGGCCACAGCCAGUGCCUGCAUCUUACGCUACAGCUUCUACUCCCAACCGUCCCACAUUCAAUGUGCAGGUCAAAUCGGCACAGCCCAGUCCCCAUUAUGUACCCCCUGGCCCACAGCCUGGUCAGCCUUAUAACAUUGCUCCUAAUCAGUACUACACUCCACAGCAGGCCCGGUCUCCAGGACCUGCCCAAUAUGCUUCUCAGCCAAGUGGUCCUGAGUAUAUACCUCCACAACCUGCACGUUACUACCCUGAACCGAGAAAUGUCUACCCCCAGGGCAACCAGGUCAGGUAUCAAGAUCCCUACUAUCCAGCUCCACAGGGCUACGGAGGGAGAAAUGGCUCUGAGGCCCCCUACGGACAGCAGGGAGGAUGGAAACCAGAACCAGCUUACAUGUCCGGACCUGCUGUGGGUCAGCAGCCUGCUGGAUCUUAUCCACCCCCCAACUCUAAGAAGACUUACAUCACUGACCAACCCUAUGCCCCACCACCACAGCAGUCAAAAGCUCCAAGCUAUCCCGCUCCAGGCUCUGCUCUUCGGCCCGAGGAUGAACUUGACCGUCUCACUAAGAAGAUGUUGUACGACAUGGAGAACCCUCCUUCUGAAGAGUACUUUGGGCGCUGUUCCCGCUGUGGAGAGAACGUUGUGGGAGAAGGUACUGGAUGCACAGCCAUGGACCAAGUAUUCCAUGUGGAGUGUUUCACCUGCAUGACCUGCAACAGCAAGCUGCGUGGACAGCCUUUCUAUGCUGUGGAAAAGAAGGCCUUUUGUGAGCCCUGCUACAUCCGGACUCUGGAGCAGUGCAACGUUUGCUUCAAGCCUAUCAUGGAGAGGAUCCUGCGAGCUACCGGGAAAGCCUACCACCCUCACUGCUUCACGUGUGUGGUGUGCUUCCGCAGCCUGGACGGUAUUCCCUUCACCGUUGAUGCCUCCGGCCAUAUUCACUGCAUUGAUGACUUCCACAAGAAGUUUGCCCCAAGAUGCUCAGUGUGUAAGGAGCCAAUUAUGCCUGCUCCUGGCCAGGAGGAGACUGUCCGGAUUGUAGCUUUGGACCGUGACUUCCAUGUGCAGUGUUACCGCUGCGAGGACUGUGGAAGCCUACUUUCUGAAGGGGACAACCAAGGUUGCUAUCCUCUAGACGGACACAUCCUUUGCAAGUCUUGCAACUCUGCGCGUAUCCAGGCUCUGACUGCCAAGUCUAGCACCGAUCUGUGAAGAAAUAGUAGCUCAGGCUCAAUAUCAUCCUCCAUGCUUCUUACAACUUGUCAACCCAAUGGCCACUUGUAGAUCACCAGGCCUUUAUACUAAUCUUGAUCUAGACCACUGUCCUAUCCUCUGUAGCACAUUGUCAUUACACCACAACUACCGGUACUUAUUUUAAUAAGUAGUUAUAUUUAGAAAAAAAAAAAACCUUAGGGGUUCCUUUGUGCUCUACUUGUUUAACAAUGUGCCCUUAUUAUAUAGAGACAUAAUGCUUAUGUUCUGCAACCCAUUUAGCUUACAUUACAAAUGAUUCUCGGUUGAUAAAAUA